GGCGGAAGCGGAAGCGGCGGCGGCGGUGUCCUUCUGGGCCGUGACGCCGGGGCGGCACCAUGGCGGACGCGGCCUCGCAGGUGCUGCUGGGCUCGGGGCUCACCGUGCUCUCGCAGCCCCUCAUGUACGUGAAGGUGCUGGUGCAGGUGGGCUACGAGCCGCUGCCUCCUACCCUGGGCAGGAACAUCUUCGGGCGCCAGAUCUACCAACUGCCAGGGCUCUUUGCUUACGCCAAGCACAUCGUGAAGGUCGAUGGGAGAGCAGGACUCUUCAAGGGCCUCACCCCUCGGCUCUGCUCCAGCGCCAUCGGCACCAUCGUGCACAGCAAAGUGCUGCAGAGGUACCAGGAGGCUGAGCAGGCUGAGCCAGGAGCCAGCAAGAAGGAGCCUGUGUCCUCACUGGAGCAGGUCCUCAAGGAGACCUCCAGAGAGAUGGUCGCUCGUUCUGCUGCCACCCUCAUCACCCACCCCUUUCAUGUGAUCACCCUGCGCUGCAUGGUGCAGUUCAUUGGCCGAGAGACCAAGUACAGUGGGACACUAAGCGCCUUCACCACGAUUUACCGAGAAGAAGGCAUCCUGGGAUUCUUUGCCGGCCUGAUCCCGCGGCUCCUGGGGGACAUCCUCUCCCUCUGGCUCUGCAACAUGCUGGCCUACCUCAUCAACACAUACGCCCUGGAGAACGGGGUCUCAACCAUGACUGAGAUGAAGAGCUACUCACAGGCAGUCACUGGGUUCUUUGCCAGCAUGCUGACUUACCCCUUCGUGUUGGUCUCCAACCUGAUGGCUGUCAAUAACUGUGGGCUGGCUGGGGGUCUCCUUCCUUAUGCACCCACCUACUCCUCCUGGCUGGACUGCUGGAGCCAGCUGCACAGGGAGGGCAACAUGAGCAGAGGGAACAGCCUGUUUUUCCGCAAGGUGCCCACGGGGAAGCGAUACGUGUGGGAAGAGAGGAGGUUCCGUUGAAGGUGGAGCUGGGAUGGGAAUCAUGAAGCCACUGCAGGGCUCCAGAAGCAGAGAAUCAUGAGUGUGGUGAUUUCUACUACAGUUUUUUAAAUCAUUUCAUGCUGAGAGGUGAA